CGAUCCCAGCGUUCUGCUGUUGCACGCCGCCUCGCCUGCCCGGCUCGCGACCUGCCCCUCCCCCGCCCGCCGCCGUCUCCCGGGAAACGGGCCGCGAUAGCCCGCUGACCCGAAGCUGGUUUCAUGGCAGCCGCGAAGAAAGCAGUUUUGGGGCCAUUGGUGGGGGCAGUGGACCAGGGCACCAGCUCCACGCGCUUUUUGGUCUUCAAUUCAAAAACAGCUGAACUACUUAGUCAUCAUCAAGUGGAAAUCAAACAAGAGUUUCCAAGAGAAGGAUGGGUGGAACAAGACCCAAAGGAAAUUCUGCAGUCUGUCUAUGAGUGUAUAGAGAAAACAUGUGAGAAACUUGGACAGCUCAAUAUUGACAUUUCCAACAUAAAAGCUAUUGGUGUCAGUAACCAGAGGGAAACCACUGUAGUCUGGGACAAGCUAACUGGAGAGCCUCUCUACAACGCUGUGGUGUGGCUUGAUCUAAGAACCCAGUCUACCGUUGAGAAUCUUAGUAAAAGAAUUCCAGGAAAUAAUAACUUUGUCAAGUCCAAGACAGGCCUUCCACUUAGCACUUACUUCAGUGCCGUGAAACUUCGUUGGCUCCUUGACAAUGUGAGAAAAGUUCAAAAGGCUGUUGAAGAGGAUAGAGCUCUUUUUGGGACCAUUGAUUCAUGGCUUAUUUGGAGUUUGACGGGAGGGGCCAACGGAGGUGUCCAUUGCACGGAUGUCACCAAUGCAAGUAGGACGAUGCUUUUCAACAUUCAUUCUCUGGAGUGGGAUAAAGAGCUCUGCGAAUUUUUUGAAAUUCCAAUGAAAGUUCUGCCAAAUGUUCGGAGUUCUUCUGAGAUCUAUGGCUUAAUGAAAGCUGGGGCCUUGGAAGGUGUGCCAAUAUCGGGGUGUUUGGGGGACCAGUCUGCUGCAUUGGUGGGACAAAUGUGCUUCCAGGAUGGACAAGCCAAAAAUACGUAUGGAACAGGCUGCUUCUUACUGUGUAAUACAGGCCGUAAGUGUGUGUUUUCUGAACACGGCCUUCUGACCACAGUGGCUUAUAAGCUCGGCAGAGACAAGCCGGUGUAUUAUGCGUUGGAAGGUUCUGUAGCUAUAGCUGGCGCUGUUAUUCGCUGGCUAAGGGAUAAUCUUGGAAUUAUAAAGAGCUCGGAGGAAAUCGAAAAACUUGCUAAAGAAGUAGGUACUUCUUACGGCUGCUAUUUCGUCCCUGCGUUUUCAGGGUUGUAUGCGCCUUACUGGGAGCCCAGUGCCAGAGGGAUCAUCUGUGGACUCACUCAGUUCACCAAUAAAUGCCAUAUUGCUUUUGCUGCAUUAGAAGCUGUUUGUUUCCAAACCCGGGAGAUUUUGGAUGCCAUGAACCGCGACUGUGGAAUACCACUCAGCCACCUGCAGGUAGACGGAGGGAUGACCAACAACAAAAUCCUUAUGCAGCUACAAGCAGACAUUCUGUACAUCCCAGUAGUGAAGCCCUCGAUGCCCGAAACAACCGCCCUGGGAGCCGCCAUGGCAGCGGGGGCUGCGGAAGGAGUUGGUGUUUGGAGCCUCGAGCCCGAGGAUUUGUCAGCGGUUACGAUGGAGCGGUUUGAACCCCAGAUCAAUGCUGAGGAAAGUGAAAUUCGGUACUCUACGUGGAAGAAAGCUGUGAUGAAGUCAGUGGGUUGGGUUACAACUCAGUCUUCAGAAAGUGGUAUCCCAUAAAUAAUACCAACUCGUGGAUUCCAAAGAUGCGAGCUCUUUGCCUAAUGAGAGAAUCCAACAAUUGUCUCUUAAUGUGAUGACACUAUUCAUAGACUCUGAUUUUAUUUAUAAGCCACUUGCUGCAUGACCCUCCAAGUAGACCUGUGGCUUGAAAUAAAGAAAAUGCAGCAGAAAGAAUGCUAUAGAAACAUUUGGUGUGUUUUUUAACUUCAAGAGUUAAGAUUGGACCAGCCACCUUUGGGGUGGAUUGGGGAUUGCCACCACGUCCUGCCCCAUUCCCUCUGAGAUCUAGGAAGAAUUCAGACCCUUCAUUGGAAUCUUUCAUCAAACAUAUUCAAACGCUGAUGGUCUGGGAUUUGAUUCUCUGCACUACACACACUUGAUUCAGAGGUGAUAACUAACCAGCUACAAAUGAGUGGCUUUUUGUUUGUUUCUGUUUGACAGACCCUCAAAGGCCUCUUUUCUGCACAUUAAGGAGACCACAGCAUCUUCACUGAAUGUUUAACUGGAAACCUCUGCUAAAUUCUUGAAAUGGAAACUUAGUGCUCUCAUAGCUUAGAUAUUUUUCGGAAAGGUAUUGGCCAAAACUGAAACUCUUCAGACAUUUUACGUGGUCUUGCUAAUUCACUGAAUUGCUGUCUGGAUCUUACAGGGAAGGACCCUUUUUUUUCUUUCUUUUUUCAUCUCUCCUUUUUAUAUUUCUUACUUUAUAUGUAUAACAUACAUGCCUGUCUAUUUUAUAUACUGAGAGUAGCCCAUUUAUAAAUUAAGAGUACAUUUUACACGAUCUCACUAAUUACACUGAAUUUCUGUCUGGAUCUUAUAGGGAAGAACACUUUUUUUUCUUUCCAUCUCCUUUUUAUAUUUCUUACUUUGUAUGUAUAACAUACAUGCCUUUAUAUUUUAUAUACAGAGGGUAGCCCAUUUAUAAAUUAAGAGCACAUUGUAUCCACUACGGUAUAAUGGGACUGGUCUUAAGUGGACCACUAUAUGUAUAAAUAUUUUGGGGAAAACACUGUGUACAUUUUUGGGCAACAGUUAUGCAUAUUUACCAGGAGAAACUUUUUCUUAAAGAGCCAGCAUUUAAAGUUUAAGUAUAUGUUCUAUGUCAAUAAAAGAAAAUGUA